AUGAGAGAAUUCAUAAGGCAGUUACAGAAUCCAGAUGACGAGCUGCAAAGUGAAUUCUUUAAUAAGGCAUCUUUGACGACUGGAGAACGACUCGGGAAACUUCUGGAGAAUCCACAUCUUGCUACAAUAGACAGAAAAUCAGACGCCGAGAUGGAAAUUCUCAAAAAUUACUCAGAUCCUUUUGGCAUGCCUCUUAUAGACAUAUUGGAAGAAUGUUUCAGGACCUAUUAUGUCUCAUAUAUUGCACGAUCAGAUUUUCCGUUUUUCGAAUCUGUACAAAUGUUUACUGAGCGGCUGCAAGAAGCUGGUCUUCCGGCAAUGUACUACAAGUGGACCCAGCAGAUGCUUGAGAUUCCAAACACUAUACCAGACAACCGCAGCCAGCCACGAGCGUUCUCGAAAAUAAAGCUAAUCGAUCAAAGUGUUGCUUUUGCAAUACUUGGUCUCGGUGUAAUGAGUUCAUUAGCUAUAUUCAUAGUUGAGAUAUGGAACGGAAAACGGCUAACCAGACAACAUUAA